GUGUGUGUGUGUGUGUGUGUGUGUGUGUGUGUGGUGUGGACAACCCAGCCGUCAUACGAAUUCACCUCUCGUUGGGGAGGGGAAAAAACGCCAACCAACCUUGCCGGUUCUUAGCUCGCAUCAUCGGAGCUACUCCAUUACCUCACGAACGUGGCUCGACUCCCAUGCGCACCGUCUGCCCGGUUUAUGCCAGAAAGUCUUGACAUUGUGCAAGUUUUGGCCGCUGUCUUAUUCUUACCUUGCGGCAUCCACUCGUUCUUAAUUUUGACACUUAAUCGACGCUUCCCCCGGAUUCCUGAAUCAACAGUCCAACCUUUUAUACGGUCCGUCCAUCGAAGCCAAGGAACCCUCACACUCCGACCUCCCGCAUCAUGAUCGCAAUGCGGGGCCGGCCAAAAUGGUCUGUAAGCCGGCUUUUGCCGGCAUUUCUUCUGGCGACCAUCCAGUUCACCACAGCAUACAACUUGGACACAAGUGACCAAGCCGGUAUCAAAACCAUUGCGAGGUCAAUGACUGAAGAUCUGAUGUCGUUCUACGACGGAGACAAACCUGGCAAGACCCCAGGUCUUCUUCCCGAUCCAUACUACUGGUGGGAGGCCGGCGCGAUGAUGGGCACCAUGAUCGAUUACUGGUACUACACAGGUGACAGCACUUGGAAUGAUGUUGUCACUCAGGGUCUCCUCCACCAAGUCGGCAAAUUCAACGAUUACAUGCCAGAGAAUCAGACGCGAACCGAAGGAAAUGACGAUCAAGGAUUUUGGGGACUCGCAGUGAUGUCAGCUGCCGAGUAUGGGUUCCCCAACCCACCGGAUGACCAACCACAAUGGCUCGCCCUGGCGCAGGCUGUGUUUAACACCCAGGCCGCACGCUGGGAUCCCGACCAUUGUAACGGAGGGCUUCGAUGGCAGAUCUUCCAGUGGAACAACGGUUACGACUACAAGAACACCAUUUCCCAAGCCUGCUUCUUUGCUCUUGCCGGGCGCCUGGCUGUGUACACUGGCAACUCGUCCUACUCCGACUGGGCAGAGAGAACAUGGGAGUGGAUGGUUAAUGUCAAGUUCAUUUCCGACGAUUACUACGUCUACGACGGCGGCCACAUUCAGUACAACUGCACCAACAUUGUACCAUAUCAAUGGACCUACAAUGCCGGCGGUAUGAUUCUUGGCGCUGCCGCCAUGUACAACCACACCGGCAACGAGGUGUGGAAGAAUCGACUUGACGGGCUGGUCAAGGGUGCAGAUGUCUUCUUUGUUGGCGAGGAAAAUAAUAUCAUGCAAGAGGUGGCCUGCGAGACGGUUGAACUCUGCAACCUUGAUCAGCAGUCCUUCAAGGCAUACCUCAGCCGCUGGCUUGCGGCCAUCACCAAAUGGGCCCCGCACUUGACAGAUGGCAUCAUGUCCAAGAUUCGCGCUUCAUCUAUCGCAGCUGCUUCGCAGUGCAAAGGCGGUACGAACGGACGCAUGUGCGGGUUGAAGUGGACCGAAAACGGGACUUGGGAUGGAAUGCAGGGUGUCGGACAACAGAUGGCCGCGCUCGAAAUCACGCUUGGCAACCUCAUCGAAACUUCCAAUGCACCUCAUACUGCAGACGUUGGCGGCACUUCUCAGGGCGAUCCUGGAGCCGGAGGUAACGACAUCGGCCGGACGGUCCCUGCAGUCUCAACUUUACCACCAUUGGGCGGUGCCGAUACGGCCGGCGCAGCAAUCUUGACGAUGGUUGUACUGGGUCUCCUGAUUGUGGCUGUCAUAUGGAUGAUGCUAGACGAAACGUCCAAGAAGCCCAUGAAGGAGCGCUUCUUCGAUUUCCGUUCCGCGCUCCUCAGUGGCGGUGGCCUUGCCGCGCUGAAUGUCAGGCGGAAGAACGAAGAGAUGGACGAGAAGGGCAAGGGUAUCGACAAUGACGCUUCCAGUGACAGUUCGCAUGAUAAUGGGAUAUUAUCUCCUUUACCGACGAAAGGAUACACAAUGAACAGCCACCAAGGCCUCCCACAGCGAGGAAGCGUGCUCUCUCAGAUAAGCGGGACGACGGCGGUCACGGAUCCGCCUCCAGGAAUUCCCAUGGUUCGAGAGAAGAGAUUGAGCAGGAAGAGCCGGAACCCUGCGUUGCGCAACAGCAUUGCGUCACAGCGAUCGGCUCGAAUUGAGUAGAAUUUGGCUGGUUUCACGGUCGGGAAUUGGAGCAAACUGCAUUCAACAUUAAAGGCGUUAAUGGCGAGGACGAAAGGAGUGAUGGAACAUACUUGGAUUUGACAUAUGCAUUGGGUUGGCAUCAUCUGGCAUUCAUUGGAGAAUAAAACCGAAUAGCCAUGGCCGGCUAUUACGACACAAUCGGGUCCAGAAAAUCGAAAGCUGGGGAAGAGCCCACGACAUUAUGACGAAUUGUACCUACAUAGAUGAUGCCAAUUGUAAUUGAAGCCACUAUUGGCCAUUCUGAUAACGA